AUGUUUUCCAGAGUGUUUCUGAUUCUGAUCGGAGCUGCGUACAUCUACUAUCAGGUAAAUAUUCUUCUCAAAGUCUACAUUGCUGAGCUGGAAGUGGAAAAUAACAUCACGAUGGAGACCCAGACUAUCUUGUCACUUUUGAACAUGUCAGUCGAGGUGACAGGAAGUUCUGUGAUGAUCUCAGAAAUUGAACUGGUUUCAGAAUGCUUUCUGAUUGGAGACACAACCAGUUGCAAUUGCUCUGUCGGGUACAGUUGGAGCAACGAAGUGUGCUACAAUUCCUCAUGCUGCACCCAAACAACUUGCACACAAAACAUGUCCCACAUCGAACCACUCUGCGUUGCCAAAGUCCAAGUUUCCAUCAAUGGAUCUGUUACGCUGAUGCAAGGAUCCUGGGAUGCUGACAAAACUACAGAGCUGGAGAGCGCGUUCAGAUCUCGAUUGAAUGGCUAUGAGUCCCUGCAAGUAAAUGUUAGCAGCGCCGAAACGGCUGACUUCAAGGCAGUCGUUUGCAUCAAACUAAAAACCACUGUACUUGAUCAAUUGCUGACUGAUCUGAUGCACAAUCUCUCAGCUGAGGUUCGGGUCGACACUGUAGGAAUGGUCGACAUCACAGCUCCAGAGGAUAGCGUGUGCUACAAGUCCAGCCCUACACUGGAAUGCAGACUUGAGGAGGAAGCACACAGCACUGGCUGGAAGUUGAUUAGGGGAAAACACGAGCAUUUUGAGCUCACAGGUGGUAGUAUGGUGACUCUAAAAGACUGCGGUAGCGAUUGGAAAUACAGUUCCUGUAUUGCAGUUACACUCACUGAAGUGACCAGCUUAGGGUCAGGUACAUAUGAGUGUCGAUUCACUUUUGGGUCAGUCACACACACAGCCAAGGCAGAGCUGAAAGUGUCACUCCUGCCUGAAAAGAUCACCAUGAAAAUCGAUCCACCUGUAGCAGACUGUUCAGUCAGCGGUAAAAAUGACGUGACUGUGACUGCCACCAUCCAAAAUAGCACGGAGAGCUACAACGUUUCGUGGCAAUUCCCUGGAACGGAGCUAAGUAGAGGAUCCGAACCAGAGUCUGGAAAAUUUUGCACUGGUGAGGGGAUUUGGCCAAAAACCCCAAAUGGAGGUACAGUGAUUAAUCAGUGUGAAAACGGCAAGACUGGUUACAAGUCUCGCUUUUGUAAUAAUGAGGCUGAGUGGCAGAUGGAGUUCUCCUCCUGCAUCAGCGAAGAGUUGAAGAAAGUUCUAACUGCAGCAGAGGACUUCGAGAAGGGCAUAGGGGCUACACAGGAAGUAGCCAUGGGGAUCUUUGAAGCACUUAAGAACACCACUACAUCUAAUUCUAGUAACGACCCUGCUGGAAUCAGUGCUUCUAUAAGAAUAUUUGAAAUAAUGGCCACUGGAUCAGAAAGCAUCACCUUGAAGGAAGAAGUCUUUGAUGAUUUUCUUACAGCAGCCAGCAAUUUAUUGGCCAACAACUGGACCGGGGUCAACUCAUCUAUAGAAUAUGACAUGUCAUCACAAUACCUUUACGGUGUGGAGAAUCUGGUGAAGAACAUCCAAGUGAACAACACUUUGAAUAUCUACAAUCCAAACUUGGACUUAAAUGUCUCAAACGGGGACCGUAAAAUCUCUGUGUUUAAUGUCACUGUUAAACUCAACGAGACUGGCGGACAGUUCAAAAUUGUUGGUGUGAGAAAUCUGAUGGAUAAAUUAAAUAACAGUUUUAAACCAACAUCAACAGUUCCGCAUGACCUUAUACUAAUAGUCACAAAGAACGGCAGUUCGUCUACCGAGAUUACAAUGGACUUCCCCAUCAAGAAGCUGAACGACACACAAAGACGACACUGUGUCUUCUGGGACACCAAUAAAACGGACUGGUCAGACACAGGUUGCAGCGUUGAACGUGAUAGUAAUCAUACACUCUGCAAGUGCAACCACCUGACUUCAUUCGCUGUCCUCAUGUCCAAGUCCGAUACACCUAACCUCGACCUAGAUACCAUUACCUAUGUUGGCCUGGCAGUGUCCAUCUGCACUCUGGUGAUCCUUCUCAUCAUUGAGGCUCUCGUGUGGUCUGUUGUGGUCAAGACUGAUCUCUCAUAUUUCCGUCACACAGCACUGGUAAACAUCGCCGUGUUCCUCUUGCUCGCUGACUGCAGUUUUUUGGCAUCUAUGUCACCUGAGAAUCUCAGUGCUCACUGGUGCUUAAUUUUGACCAUAUGCAAACACCUAUUUUAUUUGGCCAUGUUCAGCUGGAUGCUGUGCAUGAGCGUCAUGCUCAUUCACCGGCUCAUCUUUGUCUUCAGCCCGCUAAGGAAAAGAGUCUUCAUGUUCCUAUCCAGUAUCGUAGGCUACGGUUGCCCAGUUCUCAUUGUGGGAUUCAGCUAUGUGUUUUGCAGAUACAACAAGAAGGACUACUAUAACAAGGACACAUGCUGGCUAGUUUUUGAUGGACCCUUGGAGGGCUCAUUGUUUGCUUUCCUCCUCCCUGUGGGAACUGUUAUUUUCACAAAUCUUUUUUCCAUGGCGGUUGUCAUUUUUACUCUGUUGAAGUCCUCCGCCCCUGAUGGCAGCAAGUCGGAUGAGAAGGAGACAUUUAAGAGCAUCAUUAAAGUGGUGGUCUUUCUAACACCAGUUUUCGGAGUAACAUGGGGUAUUGGCUUCCUUCUGCAAAUAUUCAAUGAGGACCACGAGGCAUACCCUUUUCUUCUCUACAGUUUCACCAUCCUAAAUUCCUUCCAGGGCUUUUUCGUGAUGUUAACAGGGGUUUUUGCAGAGCCAAAGGAUAAAGGAAAAUAUGACACCAUGAAGAAUUCAACCUCAGCCUCAAACACAAAAGAAAGAUGA